UAGCAGUAAUGGACGCUUCCUGCAUCAAAUCUUGUCCUCCUGUUCUAGAUUACAAGACGGAGAAAUACGUGCUGACAAAGAACAGAAAGAUUGGUGCAUUGCAUCGCCUGCUUCACCUUGGCAUCUUAUGCUACAUUAUUGGGUGGGUUCUCAUACUGAAGAAGGGAUACCAGGAAACAGACUCUGAUCCUCAUUUCUCCUUGAUUACAAAACUCAAAGGUGUUUCAGUCACCAAGGAUUUCAGACAAGUGGAAGACAAACUUUGGGAUGUAGCAGAUUUUGUCAAACCAGCUCAGGGAGAAAAUGUGUUGUUCUUGGUGACUAGUUUUAUUGCCACUCCUGGACAAGUGCAAAGUGUGUGUCCAGAGAGCCCUUUAAUUUUAGAUGCUAGAUGUGGUGAAAACCUGGACUGUCCUGCAGGAGAAUCCGUAUUGAGCGGAAAUGGCAUAAAAACUGGGAAAUGUGUAAAGCUGAAUAAAACCCAUUCCACUUGCGAGAUUUAUGGCUGGUGUCCCGUGGAAAAUGCAUCACGACUCAGCAAACCCCGUCUCAGUGAAGCUGAAAAUUUCACUCUGUUUAUUAAAAAUGCCGUUCAUUUUAGAAAAUUUAACUUUUCAAGUUCCAACACCUUGGAGACAUUGAAUGAGACGUAUUUUAAGAGCUGCAUGUAUGAUCCAGUCUCCAGUCCUUACUGCCCUGUCUUCCGAAUUCAAGACAUCAUAAGACAAGCUGGAUACAGCUUUGCGGACCUCUCUGUUCUGGGUGGAGUUGUCAAUGCUCACAUUGAGUGGAGAUGUGACCUGGAUCAUCCACUAACCUUGUGUAAGCCACAUUAUGAUUUUCAGCUGCAAGCAAAAGAGAACAACUUCAGGACUGCCACAUAUUACUGGAAUCAAGAUGGCCGUGAAUACAGAGAUCUCCUCAAGCUGUAUGGAAUCCGGUUUGAUAUUUCUGUGACUGGUGAGGCCAGGAAGUUUGGUGUCAUACCAACGGCUGUCAGUCUUGGAACUGGGUGUGCAUUUCUUGGCGGAGCAACAUUUUUGUGUGACCUGAUUCUGCUAUAUUUAGAUGAAAAGGCCAGUUUCUACAGGAGUUGUAAAUACGAAGAGGUUAAUCCACCCGAUGAACAACAAUCUACCUCACCUGGAAAACUAAUUGACAACUUUAAUCAGGAAGCUUGAAUAAUAGAAAAUAUUCAAUUAUGUUGUGCCUUCAAAAGGUGUUGUUCCACCUGCUCAGUGAGACCUCUGAAAUUAAAUAAACAAGAUAAUACAUCAUCUUCUAAA